CCACCUAAAUUUCAUCUCACUCAGUCUCACACUCUCACUCCACUCUACUCUGAGUAGUCUCUUCCUCCGUCCAUGGCAGAAACCAAAAUCAUCGCCGGCGCCGACGAAUUAGGCACUCCUCUCAAAGACGCUCUUGUCUCCCACCUCCGCUCCCUCAACAUCCAAGUCGAAGACCUCGGAGCCUCUUCCUACUAUUCCGCCGGCGCCGAGGUCGGCCGCCGCGUCUCUCAAUCUCUCUCCUCUUCCUCCCCCGCCCGCGGCCUCGUCGCCUGUGGCACCGGCGUCGGCGUCGCCAUCUUCGCCAACAAAUUCCCCGGCGUGUUCGCCGUCACCUGCCUCACCCCCGCCGAAGCCGCCAACGCCCGCUCCAUCACCAACUGCAACGUCCUCGCCGUCUCCGGCAAGUACACCUCGCCGGUAACCGCCACCGAAAUCCUCGACACAUGGCUCAACACGGCGUUUAAGGCUCCCUGCCAUGCAAACGAUGACAAACCCUGGCCACAAGAGAUUGAGAGCUUCCUCGACAAUUCUCUUGUCGAGAUGGCGGAAAUCGGUAAGGACGCGGCGGUGGUAGACACGUGUGCGGUGUGCUGCUUGGUGAAGAACCGGGAACUGAAUCCGAUUGAUAUGAUUCCGGGUGGGUCGAUGAAGAUUCUGAGGGAGAGUCCGACCUCGGCGUUUGUGAGAUUCAAGGCGGGGAGUGUGGAGCCGGCGCAUCACCACACGUUCGGGCAUGAUCUGGUGGUGAUGGAAGGGAGGAAGAGUGUUUGGAAUCUGACGAAGGAGGAGAGACACGACCUGACGGUUGGGGAUUACUUGUUUACUCCAGCUGGUGAUGUGCAUAGAGUGAAGUACUAUGAAGACACUGAGUUUUUUAUCAAGUGGGAUGGUCAUUGGGACAUGUUCUUUGAUGAGGAUCUUCAAACUGCUAAAGAUGCUAUUGAUAAGGAAUUAGCCAAGUAAAGUGAAGUUACUCUUUCUAUGCAUUUUGAAAGGGUUUUCACUUGUUCUUCAAUUUGUGUGUGUAUGUAUUGUAUGGUAUUAAUAAAAUGAUCUUAAUUAUCUCUAUGGGGAUGUGGUUUUUUUUGUUUAUCAAUUGAGUCUUGUAUAAUGCUUGCCAUAUUUGAGACUUACUUGUAUUAGGGUUAUUUCUGUGUUUGUUUCAUUUCAUAUGAUGGAAUUUAAUCACACAUUAUAUUA